UUAUUGUAUUUGUUCUUCGUGCAAGUGACUAGAUUAAAUUAAACAAACCCGUUUUAAUCUGCAGGGCAGGCCCUCUAUCUCUCCUCUUUCCAGUGCAGCCGCGCGAGGAAGAAAGCAAAGCAAGGCUGCAAGAGAGAGAGAGCCACCGCCACUACGCUCGCUCACUGCAGUCCCCUCUCUAUUUAUACCCCUCCCCGUACGUCUCCUUCCUCUCGCUCACCUCGGGCUAGCUAGCUAGUAGAUAGCAUCCUGCUUCUCUAUAUCUGUCAUACGACACCAGCUAGCAGCGGCAGGCGGCGGCACCAUGCUGACCUCGCUGAGGUACCUUGCGGGCACAGCGGGGCCGAGCGGCUUCGGCUCGCGCGCCACGGCGGAGGAGGCCACCGCCGGCGCCGGCGACCUCCGCCACGUGACGGCCAUCAUCACCGGCGCGACGUCCGGGAUCGGGGCGGAGACGGCGCGCGUGCUGGCCAAGCGCGGCGCGCGGCUGGUGCUCCCCGCGCGGAGCCUCAAGGCCGCCGAGGAGGCACGCGCGCGCCUCCGCGCCGAGUGCCCCGACGCCGACGUCGUCGUGCUGCCGCUGGACCUCAGCUCCCUCGCCUCCGUCCGCCGCUUCGUCGCGAGCUUCCUCGACCUCGGCCUCCCGCUCAACCUCCUCGUCAACAACGCCGGCAAGUACGCCGACCGCUUCGCCUUGUCGGAGGACGGCGUCGAGAUGACCUUCGCCACCAACUACUUAGGGCACUUCUUGCUGACGCGGCUGCUGCUGGAGAAGAUGGCGGAGACGGCGCGGGCGAGCGGCUUCGAGGGCCGCAUCGUCAACGUCUCCUCCACCAUCCACAGCUGGUUCGCCGGCGACGACGCCGUCGGCUACCUCGACCGCGUCACCCGCCGGAAGAUACCGUACGAUCCGACGAGGGCGUACGCGCUCUCCAAGCUCGCCAACGUCCUGCACACCAGAGCCCUCGCCGAACGGCUGAGGGAGAUGAACGCCAACGUCACGGCCAACUGCGUCCACCCCGGCAUCGUCAGGACCCGGCUCAUCCGCGACCGCGACGGCCUCGUCACCAAUACAGUGUUCUUCCUGGCGUCGAAGCUCCUCAAGACGAUCCCUCAGGCGGCCGCAACGACGUGCUACGUGGCGGUGCACCCGGCGGUGGCCGGAGUGUCGGGGAAGUACUUCGCCGACUGCAACGAGGCGUCGCCGUCGAGGCUGGGCGCCAGCAGCGAGGAGGCCGCCAAGCUGUGGAGCUUCUCUGAGAACAUAACGGCAGAGAAGAUUCAGAAGAUGAGUGUCCAUGUCAGCGCCGGCGGCUUCCGGCUCCAGGUUCAGAGCUCUAAUGCAGACCGCGGCAUGGCCCUCGCAUAGGAGCCUCGAGAUUCAGAAAUUUUGAUCCCCAACGAUGUGCCCCUGAUGAGAUCACACAUCCUGAAAAGCAUAGUAAUAGUAUAGUAUCAGUCUCAAAAACCAGAGGAUAUAGCAGUAAACUAGUAGAAAUACAAGUAUAGCUUUGAGCCUGUAAAUAUAUAGCCAUAUAUAUAUGUAUACAAGUAUAUGCUAGUGUGUUCUGGGAAUUGUCUGCAGAUGCAAAGAUCAGUAUGUCAAAUGUUUAUGCUGAAGCAUGAGUAUAUUGACUAUUUUCGUCAUCCGUUUAAGCUUUUGGGCGAA